AUGUCGAGUGUCGACGACGGCGAGGUGUAUGAUGAUGGAACAGCUAUAAAGAACAUAAGCGUGUCAGGAGUUGCUAAGAAAGCCGCCAUGUUUGAACCAAAAUCAGGAAAGACAACUCCACCAGUACUUCGGAAGUUUCGUGGACAGCAGCAAAUAAAUGCUAAUGGGGGUGAUUCGACUAAAUUAAAUCAACCUGAGGAAAAAACAACACCAUCGUGGGUGAAGAAACCAGUUACCAAUGGCGCUGUUCCACCCAAACCGGAUGUCAUUCCGAAAUCUCGUACAUCACCUGUAUCACCAAAACCCCCGCUAGCCAUUCCAAAGAAAACAGUUGGAGUCACACAUAAAUGGUCUCAUGUAAAUUCAUCUGCGUCUUCAACUGUCGCAAAAUCGAAAGAAACACCUGUAACAAAUACAUUCCGUAAACUUUCAACUGAUACAAACAAACCAGAUAGUCCAGUGUUAAAGGAUAUUAACCACAAUGUAAAAACUCAACCUUUGAAAUCUAAUUCCGACAUAGCUUCAGGCAAUAAACGGUCUAGUGUAGCGGACUUACAAAAAAGUUUCCAAUCUGAUUCCAAUAGCUCGAGUUCAGAAACUCGGGCUACAAAUGUAAAACCCCUAAAAGAAAACACAAGCCCAGUGGAAACAAAACAAUCGGAAGAGGUAAUCCGAAGAACCUCUAAUGUGUCCUCAGUUUCAGACAGCAAAAGUUCUAUAUUAGAUCGGAUUGCUUCCCUCGAAACAUCUUCUGGAGCAAAAAACAUUACAUUUAACCGUAAAUCUAUGGUUACUCGAAAAGGAGAUAGUAAACUGUUUAAAAGAUUUAUUAUUUCUAAGAAUGAUAAAAGUUUCGACGGACCCCCUCCUUCCAAACCUCCUAAACUUACUGACAUUGAUUUGGAACCUAUCAAAGCGGAAUAUAAACAAUUACAUAGUAAACAGGAUGCAGCAGGUUUUGAGGAUGAAGAUUUUUAUGAUGAUAUUGGAAAUGUUAUGUCUCAGUUCUCAGUCAUACAACCCAUGACAGAAGAAGAGGAAUAUGGUGAUGUGGGUAACGUGAUGGCGGAUGAUAUGGAGGAAUACGAUGAUUGCUCUACAGCAACUGCUGCUCUACAAGAACCCGAUGAAGUUUAUGAGCCUAUUGAUGAAGAACAAGCAAUCAGUGGCGGCUCCGUGUCGUCUAAAACUAAAGAAAGUGAAAAGGAGAGAAAGAAACGAGAUAAGGAGAAAAAAGAUCAAGAAAGGAAAGCGAAAGAAGAGUUGAAGAAGAAGGAAAGGGAAGAAGAGAUUACUGGUAGUGAACCGAAACAGGGUGAAGGUAUAAUAAGAGAAGAUUGUACUGGUACUAAGUUAGAUUUGUCACUAAAGAAGGGUGAUAGGGUCGAUAUUAUUAGAAUGGAUAAAAAUCCAUCAGGAAAAUGGCUCGUUAAAGCCACGGAUGGACGAUGGGGUUAUGUUGACUCUUCUAAUGUCGAGGUAGCUACAUCCACUAUACGUCAAAGUUAUAUAGGUUUUCUACUUCCUCCGAGACUACAGAAUAUAUGGAUGAACGAUGAACAAGAGUAUAUGGUUGCCGAUGAUAUGCAAGCCAAUGGCUGUCUGUCUUCUAAUCUACCAAUUAUACAUACCCAUAUUAAAAAACGACCGAGAAGGGAUCGUAAAUCUCAUUCUUGGUAUUAUUUAUAUUUUCUACGGGCUCUGAUGUUUUUUUUACAUGACCCAGGAGAUCAGUUCAGAAUUUCAAACUCAAGGAAAAAAAAUGGAGCAUUUAGAAGCUCAAAUUUUCGGUCCAGAAUAACCUAA